UUCUUCUCAAAAAGAAAAUGAAAUGUAAAGGAUUUUGUAAAAUGAAGUCACACUCACAGCCACACAGAAUAAUGGAGUAAAGUAAACUGGUGAUUCAUCCAAUCGACACGAUCUGUCUUCACACUCGACAUAUAUAAAUAAAAUUUCAAAACCUCCACAAAUUCCUUCCGAUCCCAAAAGCUCGAAAAUUUUCUGUUAAGAUACAGCCGAAAAAUCAGCUUUGUUGAAUCCGCAUCCCUAAACCAAUCGCUAAGAAUAGAAAAAAGUCGUACUAAAUUCAAGGGUAACAUUUUUUUUUGGGGGGGGGGGUUUAAAAUUUUUCCAAAAUAGGAGGGUGUCUGUCAUCCGGCGGGAAACCGCCGGCGCAGCGGCCGCCGGCGUUGCAGGCGUCUGUCCGGAGGCUUCCGCAGCCUGAUACCACCGACGCCGGUGCGGAUAACGCGAAGAUGAAGAGUCUGUUCAAGUCCAAGCCGAGGACUCCGGCCGAUUUGGUGCGGCAGACGCGCGAUCUACUCAUCUUCACCGAUCUCGGGGCUCCUGAUACUAAGGAAAGCAAGCGAGACGAGAAGAUGAUGGAAUUGAGCAAACUAAUGAGAGACCUGAAACAAGUUCUUUAUGGGGACAGUGAAUCUGAGCCAGUAGCAGAAGCCUGUGCCCAGUUGACUCAGGAGUUUUUCAGAGAAAACACACUUCGCCUCCUAAUUACAUGUUUGCCGAAGUUGAAUUUAGAGACCCGCAAAGAUGCUACUCAGGUUGUUGCAAAUCUGCAGAGGCAACAGGUUCAGUCAAAGUUGAUUGCGUGUGAUUACUUGGAAAAGAACAUAGAUCUCAUGGAUAUCUUGAUAGCAGGUUAUGAGAACACUGAGCUGGCUUUACACUAUGGUGCAAUGUUGAGGGAAUGCAUACGCCAUCAAAUUGUUGCAAAGUAUGUUUUGGAAUCAGAGCAUAUGAAGAAAUUUUUUGACUUUAUUCAACUUCCAAAUUUUGACAUUGCCUCUGAUGCUGCUGCUACUUUCAAGGAAUUAUUGACUAGGCACAAGUCAACAGUUGCCGAGUUUCUUUCUAAAAAUUAUGACUGGUUCUUUGCGGAGUACAACUCGAAGUUGCUAGAGUCUACUAACUACAUCACUAGGAGGCAGGCUGUCAAGCUUUUGGGUGAUAUCUUACUGGAUCGCUCAAAUUCAGCUGUAAUGACACGAUAUGUUAGCUCAAGGGACAACUUGAGGAUCCUCAUGAAUCUUCUCAGGGAGUCGAGCAAGAGCAUACAGAUCGAAGCAUUCCAUGUUUUCAAGUUAUUUGCAGCUAAUCAGAACAAACCUCCAGAUAUUGUUAGUAUUCUCGUCACCAACAGAAGCAAACUCCUCCGCCUUUUUGCUGAUUUCAAGACAGAAAAAGAGGAUGAGCAGUUCGAGGCUGAUAAGGCGCAAGUUGUCAAAGAAAUUGCUGCACUUGAGCCUAAAGAGCGGCCAUGAAUUCAGCUCUUGUUAAGUGUAUCAGCUGCGUUGGCUGUCUUGUACCAGUAAAUCUAGUUGUCAUCUUUCUUUCAUUUUUUCUUUUCCAUAUAGAAUUGUUAAUUAAUAUGCAUCAGAUCUCAAUGUGAAGUACUGAGAAAUCGAUCUAGAGAGGGCUACCUGUGUUGCAUCUUUGGAUUAAUCAAUAUUUUUUGAUGUUGUAAUUUCAUCUUGUAUAAUUUUAAACACGAAAAAUAUGAAUCUUUUGGAAUUAUCCUUA